GUCUCACUAGGACAGAACAGCACCAACUGCCGCUGAGGUCCUGUCUGUGCCUUCUCUUUUCCUACUCCAACCUCCCCUCUUGAUUUUUUUUCCCCUACAAUCGGUUUCCACUUCUCUCCUCACCUCGCAUCCUCUACUCAGGCUCAGAUCCGAUAGCCCCCCCGCCUCCAACCCCGCUGCGCCCAAUCGGAAUGUAGCUCUCCCCCAGCACAGUAGACUAGUUUAAGAGCAGAAGAAUAUAGUUAAUGGUUCCUGGAUGAGAAGUGGAAAUGCUACUGGCUGUGGAAGGAGGAGGUUUCUUCUCAUCGUCAGCUUCAGGAUACAGUCAUGGCCUUGCUCUUUUGCUGCUUGGACGGAAAGAAGAAGAGAAGCCUGUCAAGGCAUGGAGUCAGUACCGACUAGUCGAUGGGGAAGCUGAGCAUGUGUAUCAUCUGGCUAACACGAAAAACCAAGCUCCCCGUAAGUGUGCUCCCUUCAUCUGCUUCGGUAGCACUGCUUUGGAGCUCGAAGGGGCGUCUCCUCCGAAAUUGAGUUCAAGCAACACUUUGGACUCUUUGGAAGAGCCAUCCCGUUCAACAAAGAAGAAGGUUACCACUAAUGGUUCCAUAACUGGAGAUGAGAGAAAAGGUUGUCUUAAGAGCAACUCAAAAAGGGAUUCGUCAGAGCAUUGUAUAGUGGUGAGUGAAGGUGAAGAACCACGUGAGUCACUGGAAGAGGUGCAAACCUUGAAAUCUGGUAUGGAACGGAGAAAAGUUCAAUGGACUGAUACAUGUGGAAAGGAGCUUUUUGAGAUAAGGGAAUUCGAAGCCAGCGAUGGAAGUUUGUCAGAUGAUGAACUAGAAAAUGAGGGUUUCAGGAAAUGUGAGUGUGUGAUUCAGUAGAUUUUUCGUCUGCCAUUUGAAACAAUGGAUAGCUGCAGCUUUUCUGCUAGGAUAUGCUUACGCUGGCAACUUCUCAACAAUCUGGGUGAUACCUGUGGCUUGAAGUUAAACAAGCAAAGGAUGAUCCUAUAUGUCUGCUUUCCUGUUAGCUAGCUUGCACGGUAGGGUUGCAGUUUUGAUGCCCGCUGUAUCAUAUCAAGAUUUGACCCAUUUAUUUAUUUUCGCCUUAUUUUCCUUCCUUUGUGUUCACAUGCUCCAGGUUGUAACAUAUAAGGCUGCUAGUAAGGGGAUUCCAUGUCUCCUCUUCUGUUCAAUAUUGUGGCAGAUAUGCUGGCCGUCAUUAUUGGCAGGGCCAAGCAACAUGGCCAUGUAGAGGGUCUAGUUCCUCAUCUUGUCGAUGGAGGAGUUUCCAUUCUACAAUAUGCUGAUGGCACUAUUCUAUUCAUGGAACAUGACAUGGCUAAGGCACAUAAUAUGAAACUUAUCUUGUGUCUCUUCGAA